UUUGAAAAGCCUCAGUUCCUCUAUACUUACUCUCCUAUCCUAUCCUUACAAUUCAAAAUGCUGGGAACAGCAUGUCUUCUCGGACUUGGAUCCGCUAUACUCUACACUACCAGUUUCUCUCUGACUCCAGUUAAUGCUUUGAGGAAUGGUGUUGGAAGGCUUCCUGCUUUGGGAUACAAUACCUGGAACGCUUACGGCUGCAAUAUUGAUGAAGAUCUCGUCCUGGAGGCUGCCCAAUUAAUGGUAUCCCUUGGUCUACAAACUGCUGGGUACGAAUAUGUCAACAUCGAUGAUUGUUAUGCGGAGAAGAACCGCAGUGAGAAUGGGGACAUUGUUGCCAAUUCGGUUCGUUUUUCACGCGGAAUGAACAAUCUCACAGAUCAAAUUCAUGCACUGGGAUUUAAAACCGGUAUCUACAGCGAUUCCGGCUGGUUUACCUGCGGUGGAUACCCUGGUUCUUUCCAAAAUGAACUUCGUGAUGCACGGACAUUCCAAGACUGGGGAUUUGAUUAUCUGAAAUUUGACAAUUGUGCAAUCCCAUUUGAUGACGUUAUUCGCGAAGGGAUGAUAGGCAAAUUCACGCGCAUGGCUGAUGCCCUCGCCCAUCUUUCAAAAAAGUCUGGGAAACCACCGUUCCUAUUUUCACUUUGCCAAUGGGGCUGGGAACAAGUAUGGCUUUGGGGAUCGACUCUUGGCCAUAGUUGGCGGGUGACUGGUGAUAUCUCACCAAAUUGGGAUUCGCUGACACUGAUCAUCAACUUUAACUCCUUCAUAACUCAAGCCACGGACUUUCAUGGUCACAAUGACAUGGACAUGUUGCAACUAGGAAACGGCGGACUUACCUUCGAUGAGGCCAAAUCUCAUUUCACAGCGUGGGCGUUGAUGAAAUCACCGCUUCUGAUUGGGACCAACUUAUCAGCAAUCACACCUGAGAUCCUCGAAAUUCUGACCAACACGGAAAUCCUCGCCAUCAACCAAGAUCCCGUUGUCGGAAAAUCGAUCUCACCAUUCAGGUGGGGAGUUAAUCCCGACUGGACAAGCAAUUCUUCCUUCCCCGCUCAGUAUUACAGUGGACCUUCAGAAAAUGGAACCGUCUUCAUGCUUCUGAACACCCUCAACGAGACUUCUGACAUGUUUUUCAACCUUACCGAAUCUCCUUGGAUCAGGGCUGGAAGGGAGUACUCUGUCCGUGACCUAUGGACCCACACUGAGAAUGGUACCGCGAUCCGCAACUUCACCGCAACCAAUGUCCCACCGCAUGGUGUCGUUGCCUUGUUGCUCAAAGAUACUGGAGAUGAACCGGAAGGUAUCUUUCCUCCCUGUGCAGUGCCAUCGUGUUCGUUUGAGAAUGGGACGAUAUUCGCUUGAAUUGUACAUAGCAUACCAUUAAUGUGCUGUCUCAAUUUUCCAAAGUAUUGUAGCCAAGUACGAUAAUAACCUGACAUAAAGCUGU